CGUGUCCGGGCGGUAAUAGGCGGCUGUGUGGUGCAGGCGGCCACAGUGAGGGGACUCAGCGCAGCGGGAAGUAAACAAGCGAGCGGCUCGAGCGCACACGGACUCUCGGUGAUGACAGCUCCAGGGAGCGGGGAGAGCCUCGGGAACAGAGUGACUGUGGUGCUGGGAGCCCAGUGGGGAGAUGAAGGCAAGGGCAAGGUGGUGGACCUGCUGGCCCAGGACGCCGACAUGGUCUGUAGAUGUCAGGGAGGCAACAACGCAGGACACACAGUUGUGGUGGACUCUGUAGAGUACGACUUUCACCUUUUACCGAGUGGCAUUAUUAACCCGAACGUCACUGCUUUUAUUGGUAACGGCGUAGUGAUUCACCUUCCUGGCCUCUUCGAGGAGGCUGAGAAAAAUGGGCGGAAGGGUAAAGGUCUGGAGGGCUGGGAGACACGGCUCGUCAUUUCUGACCGCGCCCAUAUCGUGUUUGAUUUCCAUCAAGCUGUGGAUGGAGUUCAAGAACAGGAGAGGCAGCAGCAAGCUGGCAAAAAUUUAGGAACAACGAAAAAGGGUAUCGGCCCUGUCUACUCAGCAAAGGCUGCAAGGAGCGGCCUCAGAAUAUGUGACCUUUUGUCUGACUUUAAACAGUUCUCAGAGAGGUAUAAAAACUUGGCCUCGCAGUACAAGUCUAUGUACCCAUCACUGGAGAUAGAUAUUGAUGGGGAGCUCGAGAAACUCAAGGAAUAUGUGGAACGAAUAAAGCCCAUGGUAAGAGACGGCGUGUUCUUCAUGUACGAGGCUCUACACGGUGCACCUAAAAAGAUCCUGGUGGAAGGUGCCAACGCUGCCCUGCUGGAUAUUGACUUUGGAACGUACCCUUUCGUUACAUCAUCCAACUCUACUGUGGGUGGGGUGUGCACGGGCCUGGGCAUGCCACCUCAGAAUGUGGGGGAGGUCUAUGGCGUAGUCAAGGCCUACACUACCCGAGUAGGCAUCGGAGCGUUCCCGUCUGAACAGAAUAAUGAAAUUGGAGAGCUGCUUCAGACAAGAGGGAAGGAGGUGGGCGUGACCACAGGCCGCAAAAGGAGAUGCGGUUGGCUAGAUCUGGUGCUUGUCAAAUAUGCCCACAUGAUUAACGGCUUCACAGCUUUGGCUCUAACCAAAUUGGACAUCCUGGAUGUCUUCUCCGAAAUCAAAGUUGGUGUGGGUUAUAAGGUGGACAACGAAUUCAUACCGCAUUUCCCAGCAAAUCAGGAGGUGCUACAUAAGGUUGAGGUCCAGUAUGAGACUUUGCCUGGCUGGAACAGCAACACCUCCGCUGCAAGGACCUUUGAGGAGCUUCCUGAAAAUGCACAGAAAUACGUUCGCUUCAUAGAGGAGUAUCUUAAGGUGCCUGUGAAAUGGAUCGGUGUUGGCAAGUCAAGAGAGUCAAUGAUCCAGCUGUUUUAAGGGGCUGUUUGGCUGUGUGGUACUAUCCAAGGCCUCUGACUCAGCAGUGUUCUGGGCCAAUCAGUGGGUUUACCCAUUGGAGUCGGAGAAAGGAUCCAGCCUCUCACCUCUCCACUCUCUCUGCGGUUUCUCAUAAAAAACCAACAUGGAUUCUUUCUUCUUCACUGUAUGAUUCUGUACUCAAGAACAAUCUCAUAAUUUUCAUAACUUUCUUUGGAGGUCACUGUAGGAUACCAUAGUGGGUGGAAAGUCCUUUAGUCUUUAGGGAACAAACUCUAACCCCUCAUGAGCACCUGCUGAUCAUUUUCACGUAGGAUUUCUGAAAUGGACCUUUAUCUGUUCUUAUGGGUCUCCUGUGUCUUUUGUUUUGUGUCUAAUUUGUUUUUAGUGAGCAUUUAGAGCAACAUCACGUCGUUCAGUUGAACAUGUAUGCAGACUGAGUGGUUAAUAUAGAUUCAGAACCUAAAUGUAGGCCCUGAUUUAUACAAGUAUAAUUAAUUUAUUUCUAGAUAAUGUCUCAAGGAGGCAAAACAACUAACUUUGAUUAGUUGUAACACAGGUUUGAUCUUUAUUCAGCAUUGGAUUAAGAGAAUCUAAGACUUUUAUAUGAUUGGGCCACUGGACAUUUGGCAGUAUUUUAGUUUGACCUCAAUUUUGAUUCCCCUAUUGGAGUAUCUUUGACAUGGAUAUAGCCCUUUUCCAUUACUCCCAUUUAGGUUCCAAUGUAAAUUACACACUUUUUGUUUAAAGAGUUUGUCAUUGUUCACAUAUAGUUGACAGAGUAUACGUCCUAUUUGUCUCUGCACUGAUGUGUACGUCCUGCCCACAUCUCUCAUAUGAAAUUAGCCUAUACAGACACACACACGAGGGUAAGUCAAAAAGUUCUAAGACGAAUGAAAAAAAAUCUUUAUUUAUGAAAAUAACAAAGCUAUUUCUCUACAUAUGCUCCAUUUAAGUCUAAACACUUCUGCAAGCGAUGUUUCCAUCAGGGAAAUACACCACUCAUAUUUUUCAUACCAACUACAUCCGGGACAUUGAGUAACACAUUUUCCAAUAUCAUCCUUCAUGAGGAAAUCGAUGAAGUGUUUUGAUUAACUUGCGUGCUUUUUGUUUGUGAAUGUGUCUAUAUAAUAAAAAGAACAUCACACGUUGGCUAGAAAAUAUAAAGUUUAUCUUCUCAUGUUGAAAAACUUGUAUUUUUCAUUCGGAAUAUCACGGAUCUGAGUGACCUGUUUUCUGACAUCACUCGUGAUGAUCUCGAUGAUGUCACUCCCAGUGUUUUCUCGCUAACUGGACGCACGUUGUCAAAAUGGUGAACCGGUUCAAAUUUAAAAUUCUUUUAAUUAACUGGCGUAUUUUUUGUCAAUGUGUCCAUAUAAUAUAAAGAGCAUUACAUGGUGGCGCAAAGAUAUGAAGUUUAUCUUUUCGUGUUGAAAAAUAUCUCAUUCGUGAUGUAUACAUUCACCACUCGAAAAUAAACUUCAUAUCUUCUAUAUAUAAUAUAGGAUAUUACACAAUGGUGCGAAGAUGAGUGGUGGGGGGAAAAAAAAACAUAUAUAUCACAGCCGAGUGAAGCGAUAAUACACACAAAGAUGUUUAGUAGUAAUGAAUGAUAAUUUCUCACUUUCAAGUAUGUUUAUUAAAAGGUGUGAUAUUGACCUUUACCCAUUUGUGGAAAGUGUAAGCAUGGAAAUGUAAACCUAUUUACUCAUUUCUAACUUUAAACUUAGUGUUGCACAUUUCUACCACAACACAGACAGGUUUGUCAGUUACUUGACAUUUAUCAAGCCAAAUUCAUUCAUGACUUGAAUGUAUUUUUAAUAUUUGAGAGACACUUGGUUCAACUCUCAGGAUUUUCUGUACAUUUUAAUUCUAAUCUGUAGAUUGUUGACUUGUUUGCUUGUCUCUUGUCUCUUUUUUUGGAGGUUGAGUAAAUAUUUAACAAAUUGUGCCAUUAUUCUUCACUCUACAAACUAUAUGCUUUUUUCUGUUUGUUUGUUUAUUUAUUUUUGCUUUUGCCAAAAUGUAGCAAUACUGCAAAGCAUAACUCUUAAUCAGCCCGUGAUUUUUAGAUUUGAAUUCAAUUUGGCCGCACAUCUUUUUGAGUACCAUGAGUAGUAAAGAUUUUCGAAAAGAGACUCUCCUGGUCAGUAUUUUAACUGAUUUUAUGUGUUCAGGCACCAUGUAGUAGUGUUCUGCAAAACGGCAGGUUAGUUUAAGAUGGUGGAGACUAAAAGAAUUUUGCAUAACACUUCCUAUGUAACCUUUUUUAUAAUGCAGUAAAUGUAUUCUUAGUUUAUGCCACAAUUCAUUAUUAUGUGUGGAAUAGGACAUUGCAGCUGCUCAAAAAUAUUAACUUGCUUCUGAAAACUGCAAAAGCAUUAUCUGGCUGGGAGUCCAGGAGAGCAGAAUUGGCCCAGCUCUGUGGUUGGGUGUACAACAUGUUCGAGAUGCAUUUGCAUUCUAUUAUGGAUACAAGCUUUCAGGAAGUGUUACUGAAUUGCUGGCGUGCCUCUCUCUCUCUCACACACAAAUCUGUUCUAACUUAUUGGGCUGCAUUUAAAAAUAUUCAUGGCACUGAAUGUUUCAUCAUUUUUUGCUGUUCAUCCCAGUAAGAUUACAGGUGCUCACUGUUGAUUUAUCCCUUUAAAUUAACUUUAAUUCACUGUAAUUUAAAUCUGUAGGUGCACGUUUCUUGGUCUCAUUAUGAAUCUAGAAAUAAUAGCUCCUAUUGUAGCUUUCUCUUUCUCUGUCAUUUGUUUAUAUGCUCUGAUACACAUCCUUCACACUGCCUUCAUCAGUGAAGUGUGUGCCUUGACUAGAAGCUCUUUAAAGUCAGAAAAAGGUACAAAAAUAUGUGAAUGGUUAAAAAUUGAAAUCUACAAAUUCAGAGUAUUUACAAAUAAAAUAUUUUCAUACACUCAUACAUUUUAUAUACAAUGAUUUAAAUCCUCUUACACUCUUUGGAUGCUUGUAAUGGAUCCCUGUUUACCUUAACAGCAAGUGUUUGGUUUGUUUUUUGUUUGUUUGUUUGUUUUUUUAAAUGUGGCUUAGGGCAUUAAUAAUAAUAAAAAAAAUCACUUACCAACUGUGUGCAUGAUCUAGGCUUUAAAUCUCUCGAUUCAUAUUUUUCCUUGCUCUUUUCAUGAAUUGGAAAUAGAAAGCCCUGUUCUCCUGUCUCUAGUAUAGUCCUUGGCUGAUAAAGAAAUUUCCCUUUUUGUAUUGUUCCUUAAUAUUUCUUGCUUAUUCUGAUCAUUAGCUAAUGUGAGAAAGACGGACCUGUCAACACACAUCUCCUUGCUUAGUUUUAAAACAAUUACACUCUGUCAAUGACUGCAUGUUUGCACAACCAUACACUGACCUCGCUCUCUUUUUUUUUUUUUUUUUUAAAUGAUUUCUCUUGAAUUUUCUACUGUAUUGCUACUGUUUGGUUGAUCUUUAAUAUAUGUAUAUACAGAGCUGUAUACUAUCGGUCUUAUUGUCUGUGGAGGGGGUGGUGCUAUAUGCUUAGCUGUAGAAGAUGGUGGACACCAGUAGGGGUGUACGUUUUACUGGUCUGAUUUAUACAAUACAGAUCCAAAUCUUUGUAGUGAAACCAACAUUAAACUUUCACAAAAGACAAUAACAAAAAUAUCAGUCAAUAAAUAUUUAAGAAAUUAUUGAGUCUUUGAGCAUUAAGAUAACAAUGCAUAAUGUAAUUAUGCAGGAUAUGACCAAAAUUUUGUGGACACCUGACCAUCGCACCCAUCCGUGGGCCUUCUCCAAAUUUCUGCCACAAAGUUGGAAGUCUACGGUUGUCUCGAAUGUCUUGGUACUUGGUAACAUUAUGAUUUCACUGGAAGUAAGGGACUCCGACAUGUUCCAUCAGCCUGAUGAUGCCCCUGUACACAAAGCAAGGUCUGUGAAGACAUUUCCCAGAACUGGAGUGGAAGAGCUCAGGUUACCUGCAUAAGAGCCCUGACCUCAACCCCACUGAACACACAUGGGAUGAACUGGAAUGCUGACUCUGUAGCAGGCCUCCUAACCCAACAUCAGUGCUUAACGUCACUUGUUACUCGUGUAAUUGUCGCUUUAUGAGUACCAGAUAACUGUCACUGAAAUUGUGAAUCACCUGAAAACCUUCUUGUGCAUGAAUGCUGAGACCUUGAACAAAGUCAAAGUCUCAAAGUAACCAUAUGAUGUAGUAUUUGAUAUUAAUACCAUUUGUCAUACUGCCAGCAUUCCCUGGAGGGUACUCUUGAGUUCCUGUUCUGAAUGACAAGGAGUCCUGGUGGUUAUCCGGUGUUCAUAUUUUUACACACACACAUGUACAUACAGUAUAUUUUCUAACUGCCAGGGGUAGUACAGACUUUCUGGAGCACCAUGCCUCUCAUUAAUACAGAUAAGGAAACGCUCAUUGUGGUGUGGCAUGUCGCACAGAUGGGGCUGGUCAUCCAGACCAUCUGUAGGCCCAGGUGAUGUCCACCACCCAGUUGACCAGUCACUGUUUAGACAGUUUGUCUGUGCCAUCAAUGGUAAAUUAUCAACUGACCUGAUCGAAUCAACACUAUCCAAUCUAAAUACUACUGUAGUUUGUGUGCAUACAAGGCCUAUGUGCUACAAGCUGUUGCAUUCAGGAGUGCAUCUGGAACAGCUGGUUCAGUUCUGAACCUGGUAUUCACUCUGAGAGGCCAGGUGCCAGUAAGUUGGACAAGAGUGCCAAUUAUUUCUCUCAAUUUGAGACAAUAGAUUUGAUGAUUGAAUAAUUGUUGUCCAGUCCAAAUAGUACUGUAGUUUCUGCCUUUUGAGCAUAAAAGACCUGCAUACUAAGCAAUCUUGCAUUCAGGACUGUCUCUUGGACAAAUUGAUUGGAAUCCCCAACAUGCUCUUUACUCCAAGGGGACAGGUGUACAUAACCUGACCAAAGGUGCCAAAUCUUUCUGUACAUUUGGGCCCGUUUGGGUUUUGGGCAUUGCUGUCUUGGCUUGUUUGAAUCCUGAAAUACCCCUUUUCCACAAAAGCAGUUCCAGGGCUGGUUCACAACUCGUUCAACUUGCGAGCCAGCUGAGAACCACUUUGCUUUUCCAUAGCUCGCGGUGCUAAGGGAAGCCACGUCAUUACGUCGCUGUAUACGUCAGUUACGUCGCUACGUUUGCAUAAACCUUGGCGCGAAUAUCGAAGCAAAAACAACACAGAAGAAGCAGCAGCAACAAUAACAACAAUAAUAAAGGAUGACUUUGCGUUUGUACAGCUGCUGCUUCUCGUCGCUUAAAAAUGGCGAUCUUUCACGGUCUUUUUGUUGUUAGUCUUAACAACUCUGUCUCCCCCGCUGACGUAAGUGGUUCUUUCCUCUAGCCCAGCAGAGAGUUGGUGCUAGCCUGGAACCGGUUUUUCUGGCCCCAGAGUCAGUUCUUUGUCAGUGGAAACAGAAAACCCGGUUCCAAACUAAGCACUGGCCCUGAACCAGCCCUGGAACUGCUUUGGUGGAAAAGGGGCAAAAGUGGUGCAACUCUGAUAAUUUACUCUGCUGCUUUUGCUGGUCAUUAGUCAUUGCUGAGCCUGAAAAAAGUGUAGUGAUGGUACCACAUAGUGGUCCAGAAGGCUGCAGAGGCUGCUGAAAUGAGAUGAAGCACUCAGGGAGGCCCCACUCUAUGGAGUUAUGGGAAAAUGAAAGGAGGCACAAUUCUAACCCCUUAGCACAAUUGUUAGCAGAGUCUAGCUAACUGUGCAAGAUCAGUGUUGGAGAGAACAGUAUUGAGAGAGAACCACUCAACUGUGCUAAGGGCAUGUAUUCACAGGCCUGUAGGUCACCACCAGACAGUGGGCAAUGUGAAAAAUCAAAGUGUUGAUAAAAGAAACAUUGAAAAGUAAGUAAGUGGCGAGGGCUGUUGUCAGGAAAUCCAAGGAGUCGGAUGCAAUUGCAGUGUUUAAUGGAAUAAGCAACUAAAUACAAAAUCAGACUGGAAAAGAACCAUAGAUUAAGGCAAAGCCCAAAACUCAACAUGACAAUGGUGCAAAUAGAACCUAACAGUAAAUACAAUAUUUGUUGUAUGCUGUAUAACCAAGGAGGGAAAACGCAGAACCUAAAUAUAGUAACUAUCAGAGGAACACAAAACAGGUGUGCACGAAUGCAGGAAGUGAGGCAGACAACCAUCUCAUCUCAUUAUCUCUAGCCGCUUUAUCCUGUUCUACAGGGUCGCAGGCAAGCUGGAGCCUAUCCCAGCUGACUACAGGCGAAAGGCGGGGUACACCCUGGACAAGUCGCCAGGUCAUCACAGGGUGGACACAGAGACAACCAUUCACACUUGUGGCCAAUUUAGAGUCACCAGUUAACCUAACCUGCAUGUCUUUGGACUGUGGGGGAAACUGGAGCACCUGGAGGAAACCCACGGGGAGAACACGCAAACUCCGCACAGAAAGGCCCUCGCCGGCCACGGGGCUUGAACCUGGACCUUCUUGCUGUGAGGCGACAGCAUUAACCACUACACCACCGUGCUGCCCAAAGAAGAAAUGUAAAAGAAAAAAAUUUGAGUAAGGGUGCCCUUUGGUGGUCUAGGGAGGAACUGUCUAUGGUGGAUGUGACAUUCCUCCCCCCAAAAAAGUGCAGCUGCUGAAGUGGCCAAACUUAGGAGUGCCUGGACACCUGGGGAGAGCAGUGACCAUGAUGAGGCCAGAGGCUGAGUGACCGUGACGGCAAAGGAAGGACAGCCUUUGACGAACAGGGGCGGUGCAACAUCCUCAGCUGAACGGAGGGAGUGAGUGUUGUCCUCAGCCAAGUCAAUAGACAGGGUGGGUAGGUGAAGUCAUCAGGUGCGUAGGGAGGCGGAGUGAAGCCAUCAGCCGAGCCAGGAUUCGUGUUUGCUUGUUUUGUUUUAUCUGUAACCGCUUAUCCCAUGCGGGGUCACGGGGGGCAAGCAGGAGCCUCCCCCAGCUGACCAUGGGUGAGAAGCAGGCUACACCCUGGACAAGUUGCCAGCUCAGCGCAUGGCUGACACACACAGAGACACAAACAACCAUUCACACUAACAGUCAAUUUAGAGCCACCAAUUAACCUAACCUGCAUAUCUUUGGACUAUGGGAGGAAACCCGCACAGGGAGAACAUGCAAAGUCCACACAGAAAGGCCCUCGUAGGCCGCUGGGUACGAACCCAGAACCUUCUUGCUGUGAGGCGACAGUGCUAACCACUACACUACCGUGCCGCCAGAUUUGUGUUCAAUGUCUUUAGCCUCGGUGUAUAUAAACUUUUGGCUUCAAUUGCAGCAGAAAGUGCAAGAAAAAGUAUUAAUUCCACUCACACAGCCAGAAAGAUGAAAGAAGACCAAAUGAGUCUUUGACCAGCUUUGGAGAACAGACAACUUGUAGCUCUGACUGCACUUACAAGCUGUUACACAGGAACAGUAGCUCUAAGGUGCAUAUGAGGUCCUAUGUGUGUACAAGUUCAGAAGAAGAAAGGAAAAGAUGGCCAUAUUGAAACAAUUUAUAUCAGAUACUCAUCUCAUCUCAUUAUCUCUAGCUGCUUUAUCCUUCUACAGGGUUGCAGGCAAGCUGGAGCCUAUCCCAGCUGACUAUGGGCGAAAGGCGGGGUACACCCUGGACAAGUCGCCAGGUCAUCACAGGGCUGACACAUAGACACAGACAACCAUUCACACUCACACCUACGCUCAAUUUAGAGUCACCAGUUAACCUAACCUGCAUGUCUUUGGACUGUGGGGGAAACCAGAGCACCUGGAGGAAACCCAUGCGGACACGGGGAGAACAUGCAAACUCCACACAGAAAGGCCCUCGCCGGCCCCGGGGCUCGAACCCAGGACCUUCUUGCUGUGAGGCGACAGCGCUAACCACUACACCACCGUGCCGCCAUAUCAGAUACUACAUCAGUUAAUUAAUCACAUUACUGAAGGUCUCAGCAUGUUUGUACAGGAAGGUAUCUGAAUGAUUCUCACUGGAGGUGUGAAACAGAGUCUGGUGCAUAAUCGUGUUUACACUUGGGGAGAACUGAAGUAUGCCAUCAACGCAAUGUCUGUUGUCUAUUAAAUAUUGACUAUUAAAUGUGAUGCUUUCUCCA